UGGUGCGCUCAGUAGCUCGCAGGAUGGGCAGCGGCAUUCGCUGAGCGAACGGGGCGAGAGGGUACGGCUUUGGAGAGGCACCGAAGCGCGCACUUGUACAUAAACGUUUUCAGUUUCUUCACCUUAGUUAUGUUAGGAAUCUGCCGCAGCACGUCUUGAUUUUGCACCCGAAGGGAUGUUGUGCGUUUUAGCUUAGUUUUCUUACCGUUUCUUUACCUGUUUUGUUUUUUUUCUCCUUCCCCCCCCAAAGGACAUACUAUCUAUUCCGUGAGGAUUUUUUUUUUCUCUCCGUGCUGCCCGGGAAUGGACAACUUUGCCAGUAUGUCUCAGUGGAUUAUGGUUUGCACCCGCAAGGCUUAUGGAAUAUAGUCUUAUCUGUCAUAAUCCAUAUGCGUUCUCAUACGGCCCCGUGAAAAAGAGAGUCUUAGUUCUGUGCAUCAUGUUUCUACUGUGGGUCUACAUGCUGUAUUCCUGCGUGGGCUACUGCGCCACCAUGCCAAGUUUGGUAGUGGACACUUAUCGGGGGAAAGAGACGGCGGAGUCCGCCGGCAAAAGGACAGCGAGCGGCAAGGCAGAGCUGAUGUCCAGGCUGCUGCCCAGACCACAGAGCUGGGUGGAUGUGGAAUCCGAUUACGACGAGCCUCCCGUCAGGACGUCGUCCAGAGACUUGCUGAACAACGAGAUCGAGGUGGACAGGGUCGACGACUGGGACGAAAUUAGGGGCGAGCAGAGGUCCCCCGAGCCGAGUGCCAUGUCAAGUUUCUCCAACGGUUCGGGCAGCAAGAAGCUGCCCCAGGCGAUCAUCAUCGGCGUGAAGAAGGGAGGUACUCGGGCGCUGCUGGAGUUUCUGCGCGUGCAUCCAGACAUCCGGGCCGUAGGAGCCGAGCCGCACUUCUUCGACAGGAACUACGACAACGGACUGGACUGGUACAGGGACCUGAUGCCGAAGACCCUGGAGGGCCAGAUCACCAUGGAGAAGACCCCCAGCUACUUUGUGACCAAGGAGGCGCCGGCCCGGAUCUACGCCAUGUCCCGGGACACCAAGCUCAUCGUGGUGGUGCGGGACCCGGUGACCAGGGCCAUCUCCGACUACACGCAGACGCUGUCCAAAAAGCCCGACAUCCCCACCUUCCAGAGCCUGACCUUCAAAAACAGGACUACGGGUCUGAUCGACACGUCCUGGAGCGCCGUGCAGAUCGGCAUCUACGCCAAGCACCUGGACUCCUGGCUGCAGUUCUUCCCCAUGCGCCAGAUCCUGUUCGUGAGCGGGGAGAGGCUGAUCAGCGACCCGGCGGGAGAGCUGGGCCGCGUGCAGGACUUCCUGGGGCUGAAGAGGAUCAUCACGGACAAGCACUUCUACUUCAACCAGACCAAGGGCUUCCCCUGCCUGAAGAAGGCCGAGGGCAGCAGCAAGCCCCACUGCCUGGGCAAGACCAAAGGCCGCACGCACCCCAACAUCCACCCCGAGGUGGUGCAGAGGCUGCGGGACUUCUACCGGCCCUUCAACAUGAAGUUCUACCAGAUGACGGGGCACAACUUCGGUUGGGAUUGAAACGAAAAUCUAAAUAAUAAUAAUAAUAAUAAUAGUAAUAAUAAUAAUAAUAAUAAUAAUAAGAGGACACAUUGUUUUCAUUUUUUUUUUUUUCUGUAAUUCUGGCAAAGAUACAUGGAGAUAUUUGCUAUAUAUAUGUAAAAUGUACAGAAAUAUAUUUUAUAAUAAUUUAUUUUUAAUUUCUAAGCAAUUAAUUCACUAAGCUGCCUAACCAUAUUUUGUACAUUACAGCCGGCCCGCGUAGUUUUGUUUUCUCCUCUUUUGUUCGGUUUUCCUUUUUUUCCGACAUUCCGCUCUUCGGUUGAAUCUUCCUCCCUCGCCAUCCUGGCCACUCCUCGUUGUUUUAACGGUGCUUCCAAAUGUGGGGACUCUGCGGUCCCAGAGAGGGGAGGUCCCCCCUGCGGGACGACCGUGUUUUUAACCGCGAGGGACACUCAGCACUGUGUUACGGGUAUCAGGCCUCCGCAGACGAGCGAAAACCAACCUUUUAAAGAAAACAACCGCUCAACCUGCAUUCUUUUGACGUUUUUUUUAAAAAACAAAAUAAAUCCCACGCGAUAAUUUAUUUGAAACCCCCCAGCGAACCUUCGCCGUCUAUUUCGAUGUUGUUUUCAUUUCGCGUCGGCAUGGAAACGCGCGUGGAGCGUCGCCACGGUGACGGCUGCGUUUAACUGCAGGUGCACCAUCGCUCAGAAUUCACUUUCGUCUGACCCCCUCCCCACAAUGCACCGGGACCACUUAGCCAGGCCGUUACGAGUCCCAGCUGACCCCCCCACAGCCCUAGCCUGACCCCCCCCUCCCCCCCGCCCCCUCUUAAUAACGCCCAGAUCAAUAGACUAAUCGCUUCUCACUGUGUCGUUUGAGCUUAAAGAGUAACUCCACUUGCCCUCCUGUACAGCGUCUAUGGUCCUUUUAUAAUGAAUGGGCGAUGUAUCAGUGGCCAAAUCACAUCUAUGGUGGCAGUUGGGGCUUCAUGUUGACAUAAUGCUAAUCGUAUAACGCGACCUCGCGGAUCGAUGACCCCGGCUUGGCUCUCCCGGUCUCCCGGCCCAUUAGGAGAGCACAUAGCUCAGGCCCGGCCCCUCCGGUCACCCGGGGGUCAGAGGUCAAGUAAAAUCCUUCAGUAAGUGUCCGUGGACCCCACCCCUCCCCCCGUCUCCUGAGUUCAGGGUUUUUAGAAAAGGUACUUUUGUGUUUUUGUUGUCGGUUGAAAAGCACCUCUAAGCCUUGCCUUUGCGAUCUGACGAUACGUUUCGGUUUACCCAGAGUUCUCCUGGCUGUGUGGCCUGGUGGACCCCUCCUUAGCCGCAGAUCGCAAACGAAUA